CUUCAACUGAAAGAAAAGAAAAAUAAUGAAAUUUUUUGUUAUAGGUUUUUAGCCACGGGCAAUUCAUUUAGAUCGAUGGGAUUCAACUAUCGAAUGGGAUUCAGUACCGUACGAAACAUUGUGCAAGACGUUUGCAAUGCAAUUUGGAAGAAAAUGGGUCCUAUUUAUAUGCCCAAACCUACAACUGCAAUUUGGCAAGAAUCAGAAAAUGGUUUUAGAAAUUACUGGAAUUUCCCAAAUUGCUGUGGAGCAAUAGAUGGAAAACAUGUGAAUAUUAUUUGUCCUAUAAAUGGUGGUUCAAAUUACUGGAAUUAUAAGGGAACUAAUUCAAUCGUGUUACUAGCUGUAGUAGAUCCAAAGUAUAGAUUUUUAGUUGUGGACGUCGGAUCCUAUGGUAAAAACAGCGAUGGUGGCAUAUUUGAAAAAUCCAUUUUAGGAGAAUUAAUAGAAAAAGGAAAAUUAGAAUUGCCAGCCGCUAACCCUUUAACUCCAAAUUCAGAACCAUUGCCACAUGUGAUUGUGGCAGAUGAAGCUUUUCCCUUAAACCCAUUUUUGAUGCGACCCUACAGUAAGAAUGACGUUCGUAACAAUGAACCCAAUAAAAUAUUCAAUUACAGACUCAGUCGUGCUCGACGAAUAGUCGAGAAUGCUUUUGGCAUCUUAAGAUCAAGAUGGCGUGUAUUUGCAGGUCCUAUGUCAGUACAACCUGACAUGGUCGACAAAAUAAUUUUAGCAACAUGUUGCUUACACAAUUAUUUGGGCACGGAUAAUUUACCCUCGAACUGUGAUCAUCCAGAGACAAAUGUGACAGAAUCUACCGCCUUUGACAAUUUAAAUCCAAUUCGUAGAAAUUCCACACAAUAUGCUUUUACAGUGAGAAACAAAUUCAAAGAAUAUUUUAACAGUGAAGGCGCCGUUCCGUGGCAGCUUGAUAUUGUGAGGAGAGGUAGACGACAUUCAUAACAUGGCUACUCUUCAAAAAAAUCACAAAACUAAGUUCAUACGAGAUAUAUGUAUAUUUAGUUAACAUAGGUGUUCGGGAUACCCAGAACGUGAAACCUUUUUUAAUGUAAAACACCAAAACCUAUAAAGUAGGAACCUCUUUGUGUCUGUGUUUUGUUUUAUCUUUUUUUAAUUUUUCGUUGUCAAAAAUAAGUCUUGCGGAAUACAACUCUCUUAUAUAAUUUUCACGAAGCAUUUUUUAUUCAAUUUUAUAUACAGUCCUAUCCAAUAGGUAUAUAUAUUCAAGUAAAAAAUAAGUAUAUUCUAUUUUGUAAUAAAUAAUAUUCGUAAUAAAACUUA